CCGUGGGCACCGCCAUACGCCCCCGGGUUCUGCAGCGACGCACCCCACAUCCAGCCCCCUGCGCGCUCCUAACGCCUUUCCCCUCCAUUUCUAUUGACCGAGGAGGCCUCAGUUGGGGCUGGGGGGCCCGUGCGGCUCCCUCCCCCACGAUCUCUCAGCGGUUCAGUCGCAGGCUCUGCGCUUGGCUAUAGGCAGGCCUCAGCCAGGCGCUCCCGCAGCGCAGGGCCGGGCCUGUGUGCGCCUAUUCUGGGGGCCUUGGCUGGCGGAGCCCGGGCCGGGGCGGGCGAGGAGACGUGGCGGCGUUGGGUUCGCUCGUGCGCGGCAGCCGCCCCCAGCCGUCCCGCCCCAGGAGCCCCUGACAGGCCGGGGGUAGGGAGACGUGUGCGAGCGCGAGCGGCCCGGCCUCGCUCGUCCGCCCCUCCCCGCCCCGGGCUGGGAGGUGAUGUCGUUAUGCGGAGGCUCCGGCCACUCCGCUGCCCCUCGGUCCCGUGCUGCCCAGAUGUCCCGGAGACCUGAGCUGCUGUGCGGAGCUGCGAUCGUGCUGGGCUGCGCCCUCCUGGUCACCCUCAAAGUCACCUGCAGCCGAGCAAAAGAUGUAACAAUGGCAGCGAAGGUUCCAGUUAAUUUCUUCUCCUCAAGAUCCCCAGUCCUUGAUCUUUUUCGGGGGCAACUGGACUACGCAGAUUACAUUCGCCAAGAUUCUGAAGUUGUACUGUAUUUUUUCUAUGCCCCAUGGUGUGGACAGUCCAUUGCAGCAAGGGAAGAAAUUGAACAAGUGGCAAGCAGAUUGGCAGACCAGGUGCUGUUUGUGGCAGUUAACUGCUGGUGGAACCAGGGGAAAUGCAGGAAACAGAAACAUUUCUUUUAUUUUCCUGUGAUAUAUUUGUACCAUCGGAGUUUUGGACCAAUUGAAUACAAAGGCCCUAUGAGUGCUGUUUAUAUUGAAAAGUUUGUUCGCCGGGUGAUGACACCACUACUCUACAUCUCGUCUCGAUCAAAAUUACUAGAUUUCCUCUCAUAUUAUGAGCCUGGAGUUCUAGGAUAUUUUGAGUUCAAUGCUUCACCUCAGCCUCCCGGUUAUUUGACAUUCUUCACAUCAGCAUUACAUUCAUUAAAGAAAGAUUACCUUGGAACAAUACACUUUGGAGUGAUCACGGAUAAACAAAUUGCAGAGGAGAUCUCGUUGACGCACUCAGGAAGUGUGUACCUUCAUAGACAUGUCAACACUUCGCUUAUCUAUUCAAGUGAAGUCAUGAACUACACAGCUGAGAAUAUUUGCAAGUGGGCUCUAGAAAACAGAGAGACAUUUAUACGUUGGUUGAGACCACAUGGAGGAAAAAGCCUUCUACUAAACAAUGAACUGAAGAAGGGACCAGCACUUUUCUUAUUUAUACCCUUCAAUCCCUUAGCAGAAAGUCAUCCUCUUUUAGAUGAAAUUACCAAAGUGGCCUUGGAAUACAACAACUGUAGUAAAAGCCAGGCAGCUGAACCUGUUCUUCAGCACUUGAAAGAUGCAAAUUCACCAGUUUUUGAGUCCAUUGUACCACAUGCGCAUACACAAGUUGCAGAAACAUCCUCCAUAACAAAGUACCCAUGCUGCAACACGGUGGUGCUCCCUCACUGGCACUCAAUCUCUAGGACUCACAAUGUCUGUGAGCUUUGUGUUAACCAGACGGUUGGGGUCAAACCAAGUAAAGUCAAUGUACCACAGUGUAACUUUUUAGAGAUAGAAGCAGCUUUGGACUCUUUCUACCUCAAGGAACAUACCUUUUUCCAAUUUGUAUCAAAUACCAUAGAAUGCAGCAAUUUCUUAAGUUUCUAUAGUCCUUUUAGCUACUACACUGCAUGUUGCAGGACAGUAAAUAGGGGUCUGAUAAAUGUAAUUAGUUCUGAAAAGACCAUAUUUCAGACCCCUAAAGUAGCAUUUUCUUCCCAUGGGAAGAAAGGUAAGGAUGAUACCCAACAUUCUAUUCCUCACAUUGAGGAUAGGAAUUAUUUUUCUCCUGACUUUCGCAUUAAUGGCACUCACAUUACUGGCCUGAGGUGCAGGACCAACAAGACCUUGAAUCUCUAUCUACUGGAUUCAAAUUUGUUUUGGAUGUAUGCAGAGAGACUCGGAGCAUCAAGAUCUACUCAUGUGAAGGAAUUUGCUGCCAUUGUUGACCUGAAGGAAGAGGCAAACUAUAUCUUGGAUCAGAAUCAAACACUUAUAAAAUCUACUCUAGAGAACUUCAUUCAAAACUUCAGCAUUCUCUACAGUCCCUUGAAAAGGCAUCUUGUUGGUGACUCUUCAGUUCAUUUUCCCGCACACCACGUAAUCACUGAAGUGACUACUAAUACCUUUCAUGAUGUGGUGGUUUUGAGUGAAAAGGAUGUCUUGCUGCUCUAUUAUGCGCAAUGGUGUGGAUUCUGUGCUUCUCUUAAUCAUAUCUUUAUCCAGCUAGCUCGACUUCUGCCUCCAAACAACUUCACUGUGGCAAGAAUUGAUGUUGCUCGAAAUGACCUUCCAUGGGAAUUUAUGGCAGAUCGUCUCCCAACCAUUUUGUUUUUUCCUUCUAACAGGAAGGAUGAGAGUGUGAAGUUUCCUGAAGAUUUUUCAGUUACUCUUCCUAAUCUGCUUAAAUUCAUUUUACAUUACUCAAGUCUACCUUCAGCUGCACCUGACUCAGAGCCCUGCACCAAAGAAUGUCCACAGAAAGAGAGUGUGUUACAGCAAGAGCAUAUCUCCCACUUAAGGAGUGAGAUUCAGAAAUUGAGAUCAGAAGUCAGUGCACUACACCAGGCUCAAGAUCAGCUGGAAGCCCAACUUUCUGAAGCCAGAAGAGAAGAACAUAAACUACAGCAGCAGAAGCAUACACUGGAAAAGCAGCACAGUAUUCUCCAGCUCCACAGUGAACAAUUACAGGCACUAUCUGAACAGAAGAACAGAGAAUUAGAAGAAAUGGCUGAGAAGCUUCAAGAAUUAGCAGAUGCAUCAGAAAACCUCCUUACAGAGAAUGCUUUACUAAAAGUCCUGCUAGCAUCAAUGGAGGGGAAGCUAGAGAACAAAGAUGAAACCAAGAAAUCCAUUCAGUCAGAGGAGACUCUUUCCACCCACAAUACUGGCCCAGUUCUAACUGCUAUAGACAGAUUACAUGAAAGAGAAAGGCUUGAUGUUUCCAAUAUUGAUACCACAGUGAUUGAGCAUAAAGAAAACAGGACAGAAUAAUUAUUUAUGCUAUGGGGGGGUUGGGGAAAAAAAAUCAGGAAUGACACUGCAUUGGGAAGGUAUUUAUGCAAAUUUUAUUUGUUGUAAAUAAAAUAUUUUCCAAUUGUCUAGAAAAAUCAAACCAGAAUUUCUGCAAUACUUCAAACAAUUUACCAGAUCUUGAAACCUAAAUGGAGAUAUGGAAAACACUUUCCACUUUGAUUGCACUAAUUUGAUAGCCAUUUUAUUAAUUUAACCUAGGUUAAAAACAGUAAAUUCCCAGGGAAAGCAGAGUGAAGCAUCUCCUACCAAAGGACCAAUUUUUGCACUGGCUUCUUCCCAUGUCUCCCAGAGGAAGUGUUCAUUUAGGAACUUUGACAAUAUAUACUUUUCUAAGAAACAGCUGAAGUUAGCCAUCUUCACUGCAUUUUGCCUUUGUUUACAGAAUUGGCUGGAAAUGAUGAAUUUGUUUAUUUAGUAAACUUGAAUGAAAAGUCAAA